AUGCUGCCGGGGAAGGUGGAGAAGAGGAUCGCUUCGUCUGUCUUCAUCACCCUGGUGCCGCCGCGGAGGGAGGCGGCUGCCAAGGAGAGAGCCCCAAAGGAGCGGCAGCUGGAUGGUGCUGAGGACCCCAGCACCCAGCACCCCCACACCUCCCCGCCACAGCCUCCUGAGCUGCCCAAUGGAGGAACCCACCCAGCAGCCCCUGUGCUUGUGUCCUCCCCGGUUCUUGUCCUCUCCGAAGCUCCCAAGCCCUUGUCUGCAGAGGCCCUGGGGCCUGCGCUGCAGCAGCUGGACCUGGCAGCAUCCACCACCCUCCAGGCCCCUUCCACCCUCCCUGCCGAACUGAGGCCACCCAAACUUAGCCCGGAGCAGGCAGGCAAAGCAGCGUGGCAGGAUGCAAAUGGGCACCUGGAGAGGGACAACCCCAGAGACAUCUGUGCCUUCUGCCACAAGGCGCUGGGGCGCGGGGAGGCGGCGGUGGAGGCGCUGCGGAAGCUGUACCACGCCGGCUGCUUCACCUGCCGCAGCUGCCAGCGGCCCCUGGCCGCACAGCGCUACUACCAGCGGGACGGGAGGCCCAUCUGCGACUCCUGCUACCAGGCCACGCUGGAGAAAUGUGCCAAGUGCCAGGGGCUGAUCGUGGAGCGCAUCGUCCGUGCCCUGGGCAAGGGCUACCACCCUGGCUGCUUCUCCUGCAGCGCCUGCGGCCGCGCCAUCGGCACCGAGAGCUUUGCCGUGGACGAGUGGGACGAGGUGUACUGCGUGCCUGACUUCUACAGGAAAUAUGCCACAGUCUGCAGCGCCUGCGAGCUCCCCAUCAUCCCCGGCCAGGACAAGGACACCUACAAGAUCGAGUGCCUGGGACGCAGUUUCCACGAGGGCUGCUACCGCUGCGAGGAGGAUGUGAAAAUGCUCGGAACGGCGUCUUCCCACUCGGCCACGGCGGUGGUGGAGGCCUCGGCCUUCCCUUACGCCGCCUCAGCCAUCCCCCCCCUUACCCCCCCCGCCAUCGCUGCCUCAGCCGCUCCCCCUCCCUCGCCACCAUCGUCCCUCAUUCCCUCACCGGCACCGACCCCUGAAAUGGCUUUGAGAAGUUUCUACGGGGGAGGGGAGCACCCACUGCGGAGCAUUUGCCGCAGCGCCGGGCAGGCGUGGUCCCUGCGAGGAGGAGGAGGAGGAUGA